AUGGCAAACAAAGGGCACCAGGAGGCUUGGCCCAAAGAUGACUUGAGUAUCUUGAAGGCUGGAGACAAGGUUGAGUACUACAGCAAGACCCAUCAACACUUCGUUGAAGGAGAGGUGUUGGAUGUCGAGCACAACGAGGCUGGGGAGAUCACCAGAGUUGACCUCUCCUGCAAGAAGCGGGCGGAUCUCAGCAAGAUUCGCCGGACCAAGGCUCAGUACAAACUUGGAGAUUUGGUCGACUACUGGAGUGACUCCUACAGCCGUUGGAUGCCUUGCAGAGUGCAAAAGGUGCACGAGGAUGGCUACUAUGACCUAGAAGUGAAGAAGAUGGCAGUAGCAACGAAAAUGAGACCCAGACGGGAGCCACCCCAGGAAGCCAACUCUGGUGCUGCGGCUGUUGAGCCUGCUGCGGAGCCUGCUGUGGACGACGAAGCCAAACCAGGUGAGAAUCCGGUAGCCCAAUGCCAAGGCUCACCAGGAGAUUGCAAUCCUCCGCCUUACGCACGCGACGCUGCUACCUCCAACGCCUCUGAAGUGUCAACGGCCGCCAGCUUGGUCGCUUCAGGAGUCCCCUACAGGGAGCUGCCGGCCGACAUGAUCUUCUUGGGCAGUGGAUUGGAGUUUGUGCCCAAGCGCAAAGGCCACACCUCCAAAGGAUACUGUGCCUCUACCAACCGAUCUGGAGGUCUCCUUGCUGGAGAUCUGAUUUUGGAGAACGAUGUUUUUGACCCAUCAGAACCCAGGCUAUGCACGCAAUUGGCCGAGAAGCUGGGAAGUUUCUCCAGCAUCGAAGCCAUGAAAGGCUUUGCCGGAGGCCUCAAUGAAGGCGUGUGGUUCAUGUAUGGCGAAGAGGAGACAUAUGUGCUGAAGCUGGUGAAAUGCCAGCGGAUCGCCUGCCAUGUGCCGACGGAGGCCGAAAAUUUGGAACGAGUGCGGCAGCAGCAUCCUGGCAUCGGCGCAGAUCAAACCAUUGCAUUUCCCGUGAAACUCUGUGGUUGCUACUCAACGGAUGGAACCAAGAGAUACGACCUGAUCGUCAUGCGCAAAAUCCCAGGAGAGCGACUGGCCGAGGUGCUCGGCCGAUGGUACUAUGCCCAGCAGGAGCCUUCAGAAGAUCCUUUGCUCAGACAGCUUUGGGAGUCCUUGGGGCGGCAGCUGGCAUCUUUUCACGAACGGUACGGCAAGCAGCACGGGGACUUCCAGCCAUUCAACAUUUUCUACGAUGAGGUGACUGGUGCAAUUUGUUUCAUCGACGUUGGUGGAAUGGGUAUCCCCACUAUGGACAACGAUGUGGAGCACUUUCGAGAAGCAAUGGGUUUGUUGAAGAAAGGCUACAACGAGCAACUGAUGGAUGACCUGACUGCAGCCUUUAUCCAGGGCUACAAGCAAGCAGGAGGUCCCGUGAUCGUCGACUAA